AUGGAUAAUAUGUUAACUUGGUUAUUAGGCAUACUUGGAACUGUUGGUAUUAUACUUGUAGUUGUUCUCCUAUUCCUCAGUUGUUGGUGUAUUAAAGUUAAAAGAAGGCAGGAUCAAGUAAAUGCUGUUGGAGGCCCUUUACCUGGGAAAUUUGCAGUAGGGUCAAUUACUAGUUUGGAGCCUCGGCCUAAUUUAAAUGAGGAGAAUGCUCCUCAAAUGGAAGAAACAUCUACAGCAAUGCCUGAGGGGAUUUUAGGGUUAAAUACUAGCGUUUGA